UCUAAAUCGGUUUAGGUCUUUUGCUUUUGCUCUUCGUGCGUAAACUGAUAAACCUUUGGAGCUAGCUAGGGUUUUAUCAUCGAAUCGACCAUGGAAGGCAUUGAAAUGGAGGAAACCGCAUUCGGCAUAGACGAAUCCAAUGAUGAUUUGUGCAGUUCGAUCCUCUCUCGCUUCGCCAACUCCACCGACGAAACCCACCACCACCUCUGCGCCGUCGUCGGCGCCAUGUCUCAGGAGCUCAAAGACAACAACCAACCCUCCACUCCCUUCGCCUACUUCUGCGCCGCACGCGUCUCUCUCGAUAAAUUCACCUCCGAACCCAAUCCCCCAAGCCACGUCAUCGACGCCCUUCUCACCAUUCUCUCUCUCGCCCUCCCCAGAGUGCCCCUCGUGCUUCUGAAGAAGCAGAAUUUGCAGGGAGAGCCAUUCUCGGAGCUCCUUUCGCGAGUUCUCCGUUCUCCUUCGGCGUCGGAGAGUGCGAUCGUUUCCGGAUUGAAGUGCCUCUCGCGUCUGUUGAUCACCAGGGAAAGUGUAGACUGGUCUGACGUGUCCCCUUUGUUCUAUGUCUUGUUAGGGUUCCUUACUGAUUCGCGACCUAAGGUCAGAAGACAAUCUCAUUUAUGUCAUCGUGAUGUCUUGUUAAACUUUCAACAUUCCUCACUUCUGGCAUCUGCGAGUGAGGGAGUAACAAGCCUACUUGAAAGGUUUAUUCUGCUUGUUGGUGGAGCAAAUGCAAAUGCUGGUGAAGGAGCUAAGGAAGCUCAGCAGAUUCUGUAUAUUCUUGAUGCCUUGAAAGAAUGUCUUCCUUUUUUGUCACGUAAAUCUAAGACCAGCAUUCUUAAUUACUUCAAAUACCUCUUGGAUCUGCAUCAACCCUUAGUCACAAGGCGCAUAACAGAUGGUUUGAGUUUUCUCUGUCAUUAUCCAACAUCAGAAGUUCAUCCUGAAGCACUACUUGAGUUGUUAAACUCAUUGGCUCGUUCUAUCGAAUCGAAUAAGAUGUCUGGAGACAGAUUGACAUUUACUGCCCGCUUGCUUGAUGCUGGAAUGAAUAAAGUUUAUUCUCUUAACCGGCAAAUAUGUGUUGUUAAGCUUCCGAUUGUCUUUAAUGCUCUCAAAGACAUCUUGGCAUCUGAACAUGAAGAGGCUAUAUACGCAGCCACUGAUGCAUUCAAAAACAUGAUAAAUUCUUGUAUUGAUGAAAGUUUGAUUAAACAGGGAGUGGAUCAAAUCAGUUUGAGUGAAAACAAAGAAUCAAGGAAGUCAGCGCCAACCAUCAUUGAAAAAAUUUGUGCAACUAUUGAGAGCUUACUUGAUUAUCAUUAUACUGCUCUCUGGGACAGAGUAUUUCAAAUUGUUUCAGCCAUGUUUCAUAAAUUAGGAAAUCAUUCUCCUUAUUUUAUGAGAGGAAUACUCAAAAACAUGGAAGAUGUGCAGAAGCUUCCUGAUGAAGAUUUUCCAUUUAGGAAACAGCUGCAUGAAUGCUUUGGAUCAGCUCUUGUUGCAAUGGGACCUGAAACUCUGUUGUCUCUUAUACCUCUAAAUUUGGAAGCUGAAGAUUCUUCUGAUGCAAAUGUCUGGCUUUUUCCAAUUCUAAAACAUUAUAUUGUUGGCGCACCUCUAAAUUAUUUUACAGAAGAAAUUCUGACUAUGAUUAAGCAUGCAAAAGAGAAGGCUCAAAAGCUUGAGAAGCAAGGAUUGAUGGUGUCAUCAAGGAAUGCAGAUGCACUUGCAUACUCUUUGUGGUCUCUGCUGCCUUCUUUUUGCAACUAUCCUUCAGAUACUUCUAAAAGUUUCAUGAAUCUGGAGAAACAUUUACGGCGUAAGCUGAAAGAAGAACCUGAUAUUCGUGGAAUAAUAUGCACUAGUUUGCAACUUCUUAUUCAGCAAAACAAUAUUGUGGAUUCAAAAGACAAGGGUUAUAUUGGUGAAGAUAUGGCCAAAGAACAAGUUCCAGUUCAUUAUUCACAGCAGGUUGCAAGAGACAAUUUAUAUGUGCUGAAGUCAUCUGCAAAGCACUGGUUAGAAGAUCUUUCAGAAGUAUUCCUUAAAUCUACAAAAGACGAUGGGGGUUGUUUGCAGCGUACGAUUGGCGAUGUUGCUUCUAUAGCAGAUAAAGCAGAUGUACGCAAAUUAUUCCAGGAGAAAAUGUUGAAGCUUUAUAAAUGCACUCGAAAGGCCAGCAAAGCAGGCAGUUCCAAAAGUUCUCAUUUUAUGCAAAUUGAUGAUGCAUCAAACAAUUUGUCCCUAACAAUUUUAAGGGCACAGCUUCUUGAUUUGGCAGUUUCACUGUUGCCUGGUUUAGAUGCUGAAGAUAUUGCUCUAUUGUUUGAAGCAAUAAAGCCAGCAUUGCAGGAUGCUGAAGGUGUCAUGCAGAAGAAGGCAUACAAAGUACUUUCGAUCAUUCUGAGGAGCUCCUCCAAUGGUUUUGUUUCAUCAAAGUUUGAUGAGUUGCGUCAAACUAUGGUUGAAAUUCUUCCGUGUCAUUUUUCUGCCAAACGUCAUAGACUUGAUUGCCUUUACUUCUUAAUAGUUCAUGUCUCAAAGUCCAAGGAUAAUAUGGAGCACUGGCGAGACAUUUUCCUUACUGAAAUUAUACUUGCUCUUAAAGAGGCUAAUAAAAAAACCAGGAACAGGGCUUAUGAUAUUCUCGUCGAAAUUGCCCGUGCAUUUGCGGAUGAAGAGAGUGGUGGGAACAGAGAAAGCUUGAAUAAUUUUUUUCAGAUGGUUGCUGGACACUUUACUGGGGAAACUCCACAUAUGAUAAGUGCAGCAGCCAAAGGGUUAGCCCGUUUGGCUUAUGAGUUCUCUGAUCUUGUUUUAACUUCCUUCAAAUUGCUCCCUGGCACACUUACUCUCCUGAGGAGUGAUAACAAAGAGAUAAUCAAGGCCAAUCUUGGUUUUUUGAAGGUAUUAGUAGCCAAAUCACAAGCAGAAGGGUUGCAAAUGCACUUGAAAAGCAUGGUGGAGGGUUUGUUGAAGUGGCAAGACAACUCAAGAAAUCAUUUUAAGGCUAAGGUUAAACUUCUUUUGGGAAUGCUUGUCACGAAGUGUGGGCUCGAGGCUGUUAAAGCCGUCAUGCCUGAAGAACACAUGAAACUUCUUUCCAACAUACGCAAGAUCAAGGAGCGGAAAGAGAGGAAUCGAAGUGCUAAAUCGGAAGAAGCUAGAUCUCAUUUUUCAAAAGCAACUACAUCCAGGCAAAGCAUGUGGAAUCAUACAAAGAUUUUUUCGGAUUUUGAUGGGGAUAGUGGCAAUAGCGAUGCAGAAUACAUGAUUUCUAGAGGGAGUAAGGCUUCCUUGCAUCCCAAAUCAGCAGCAUCUUCAUUUAGGUCCAAUAUCAGACUGAAGAAGAAUUUGCCUGAGCACUUGUCGGACCAAUCAGAUGAUGAGCCACUUGAUUUGCUUGAUCGACAGAAAACAAGGUCAGCGCUUAAAAUGUCUGAGCAUCUCAAAAGAAAGUCAAGGUUAGAUGAUGAGGUGGAGCUAGAUUCAGAAGGACGCCUGAUUAUCCAUGAGGAAGUGGAAUGGAGGAAGGAAAAACAUGCAGAUGAAGAUUUUGAUUCUAGGAGUGAGCGUGAUAGUCACAUAUCUGCAAAGUCUGGAACUAAAGCCCAGAAGAAGAGAAAAACAUCAGAUUCCGGUUGGGCUUACACAGGGAAGGAAUAUGCUAGCAAAAAGGCAGGUGGAGAUGUGAAGAGGAAGGACAAACUUGAACCGUAUGCAUAUUGGCCACUUGAUCGGAAAAUGAUGAGUCGGCGACCACAACAGCGGGCUGCUGCAAGAAAAGGUAUGGCUAGUGUUGUAAAGAUGACCAAAAAACUUGAAGGAAAAAGUGCCUCUGGUGUGUUGUCCAUAAACAGCUUGAAACUAAAAAGGGCUCACAAGAAAGGCAGCAAGGAAAAUAAAAAAACAGCUCGAGCGUAGGUUGAUUUUCCCUGAUUUGCAAGUAUAUUUGAUAAUCAUAAUGCAUUCGCAUUAUGCCAAUUUUGAAACUACCCUGUGCUGUAUAUCGAAGAUAAAUUAAAUUGAAUCAAAUGCUUGUCUUUUUUUUUUUUUUUUUUUCUAUUGUUUAUUUGAUGAGAAUUUUGGUUUGCAGUUUUC